AUGAGGUCCCUUGACUCUCGUUACCGUCUCAUAGAAACUCAUUGUCGGAGGUUUAAUGGAUGCUUGAAGCAAAUCGAAUAUCGCAAUCCUAGUGGGACACAAAUCCAAGAUAGGAUUGAGCAAGCCGAACGAUUGUUUGAACAAGACCCAAAAUAUAAAGAUGGCUUCAAGUUUCAUCAUGUGUUCCGACUAUUCAAAGAGUUUGGAAAAUUUGAUGAUAAUGUGUCUCAACCACGAUCUCGUCGUCGGGAUUUUGAUACACUCAAUGACUCUUCCGAGUCCGACGUUCCAUAUGAUGGACAACCAACACCAGAGUCUCCGGGAUUGUCGUCUUUUAGUCCUCAACAAAGUGACGAUGAGAAAUUGAGCAACAACAAUCUCAAGCAACCCAACCAUCAUCUAACACGGGUCAAUUUGGAUUUCUCGACGAUAUCGGGCAUGCCGGAGGAAAUUUGA